AUGCUCUCACCCGUCUCUGUAAAUAACUAUUACUAUAGUCCACCAUCUGUACAGCAUCUAGAGGACGAGGAGGAGGAGUACGAUGAUUUCGGUUUCUCGUCUCCUUCUUCUGCAUUUGAAUCUUGCUCAUCCGUCUUAACAGAUGACUCAACAGUGGUGUCCUGUACUGGAUCCACCAAGGAAGAAGAAGAAAAAAAUCCACUGAGUGUUGAGCAAGAGGAAGAAGAGGAAUUAGACUUUUCUUUAUAUCCGCCCAUCACACUGCCAUUCCAUGAGAGCCUAUCAUUCGGCAUGUUGAAACUAUACCAAAAACUACUGCCCUCUCGACAGUCAUUCAACAAAAGGCAGAUGGUGAUGAUCAAGAUUGAAAAGCUAUUAAAUCGAGAAUGGCCAAUGCAUAGAUUCAAUGUGCACUUAUUUGGAUCUUCACAAAACAAUCUUGGUACAAAUCAGUCGGAUGUUGAUAUUUGCAUUUCAACAUCUUGGAAUGGUUUGCGCUGUAUAAAAACACUGGCAAGUGUGUUACGAAAAAAUGGCUUACAGAUUGUGCGCACCAUUCCCAGAGCAAAAGUGCCCAUCGUCAAGAUUUGGGAUCCCGUUUUACAAUUGGCUUGCGAUUUAAAUGUGAACAAUCUGCUGGCAUUGCAAAACACGCGCAUGAUAAAGACCUAUGUAGCCAUUGACCCUCGAGUGAGACCACUGAUACUCAUCAUCAAGCACUGGGCAAAGCAACGACAACUCAACGAUGCAGCAAGCGGUGGCACUUUAUCCACCUAUACAUGGACCUGUAUGGUCAUCAACUUUUUACAAACACGAAGCCCUCCUAUUCUUCCUAAUUUACAUGAGAUAUCGCACACGCUAUCCAACGACAAUGUACAAAUCAACGGCAUGAACUCAUCAUUCUGUGAUGAUCUGUCUAGACUUGUCGGAUUUGGCCGAUCUAACCAUGAAAGUCUAGGUGGGUUGCUGUAUGCUUUCUUUCGUAAAUUUGCAUUCGAAUUUGAUUAUGCAACUCAAGUGAUAUCUGUUCGUUCGGGAAAGCUUCUGAGUCGCUAUGAAAAGGGUUGGCACAAGGGAAUGGAGAGCAAGCGAGCACUAUGUAUAGAAGAACCUUUUGAUACUCGACGAAAUUUGGGCAAUUCGGCAGAUGAGACUUCAGUCAGAGGUCUCCAGCUAGAAUUUGAGAGAGCAGUAAAUGUUUUAUUAGAGACUAGAGGAGAUCUGGAUUCUCUAUGUCGAUGGUACAACUACAACAGCCACAACCACCAUAUCAAUAACAGCAUUUUUUUAUCAUAA